AUGUCCCCUUCCACCGCCCAGUCCGACGCGCACCCAAUCUGCCACUGUCCCGCGGCGUCGCUUCCGUCGUCCCACUCCUACCCCACAUCGUGCCAUGAACGCCGCCGCGCCGACUGCGCGCCACGCGCCGCCGCCACCGCCCGCCGCCGCCACCGCACGCCACCGCCACCGCACCGCACCACCGCCCCCCCCGCCGCGCCCCACGCCGCCCGACCGCCACCCACCGCCCACCCGCCGCCGCCGCCGCCGCCGCCGCCGCCGCCUCCAUGCGGUCAGUGCGUCUCCAGACUCCGAACGGCGGCAAUGAACAUCGCUCAGGAAGUUCUGAUAUUUACGUGGAGUAGAGGAGAGAGUGGAUGUCCAAAUGAGGCGGAGUUGACUUUAUAG